AAUAACCGAUUCUCUAUUUUGCCAGAAAUUCAUUUUUAAGCCUUUUUGUCUGGUUGCUUGUGGUCUGCACUUCAGUAGCGAAAUUUCUGUAGCCUGCUAUAUUCUGAUUUUUAAAAAAAAAUAUCAAUAUAUCAACUCCGUUUGGCAUAAAAUGGCAGAAAAUUGGAAAAAUUGCUUUGAGGAAGAACUUAUAUGCCCAAUUUGUCUGCAUGUUUUUAUUGAACCUGUUCAACUGCCCUGUAAGCACAAUUUUUGCCGAGGGUGUAUAAGUGAGGCCUGGGCUAAGGACACUGGCUUAGUUAGAUGUCCUGAGUGUAAUCAGGCCUAUAACCAAAAACCCAACCUUGAAAAAAACCUUAAACUCACAAACAUUGUGGAAAAGUUCAAUUCCCUCAAUGUGGACAAGGCACCAUCUGUCCUACACUGUGUGUUCUGUAGGCGAGGACCACCACUUCCUGCUCAGAAGAUCUGUUUGAGAUGUGAAGCUCCUUGCUGCCAGUCCCAUGUCCAAACUCACCUUCAACAGCCUUCAACAGCCCGUGGCCACCUUCUGGUGGAGGCCGAAGAUAUCAGAGCUUGGAGUUGCCCACAACACAAUGCCUAUCGACUGUACCACUGUGAGGCUGAGCAAGUGGCUGUGUGCCAGUUCUGCUGUUACUAUAGUGGAGCACAUCAAGGACAUUCCGUGUGUGAUGUUGAGAUACGAAGGAAUGAGAUACGGAAGAUGUUGAUGAAGCAGCAGGACCGCUUGGAAGAAAGAGAGCAAGACAUCGAAGAUCAAUUAUACAAACUGGAAUCCGACAAGAGACUGGUUGAGGAAAAGGUCAGCCAGUUGAAGGACGAGGUCCGUUUGCAGUAUGAGAAGUUGCACCAGAUCUUGGAUGAGGAUCUCAGGAAGACUAUGGACAUUUUGGACAAGGCGCAAGCCAAGUUCUGCAAUGAGAAUGCAGCACAGGUUCUACAACUGAAUGAGCGCAUGCAAGAGGCCAAAAAGCUACUGAGCUCUGUGCAAGUCAUGUUUGACAAAACCGAUGAUAUCAACUUCAUGAAGAACACAAAGUCUGUGAAAAUCCUGAUGGACAGGACUCAGAACUGCACUGGAGGUAGCCUGCCCCCUCCUAAAAUCGGACAUCUCAACUCCAAACUCUUCCUGAACGAGAUUGCCAAGAAAGACAAGCAGCUAAGAAAGAUGCUAGAAGGUCCAUUUAGCACCCCAGUGCCAUUCCUCCAGAGCAUCCCUAUGUACACCUGCAAUGGCAGCUCCGGAGCAGAGAAACGCAAGCACUCAGCUGCCUUUCCAGAAAGCAGCUUCCUUGACCCUGGAUCUGGAACUGUUAGCGGCCAGUACAUAAGCCAGGGCUCUUCCUCUGGUGAAGGCCAGUCUGCACAACCCAUGGUGCCUUGCAGCUCCACCCAGCACAUCGUAGGACUUCCCAGCGGCCCACAACCGGUCCACUCCAACUCGGUCUUCAACCCCUCUCACUACCCCAACAGUACGUCAUCUCAGCAGUCUGUCCUCUCCCAGUACGGAGGGCGCAAGAUCCUAGUCUGUUCAGUGGACAACUGUUAUUGCUCAUCUGUGUCCAACCACGCUGGCCACCAGCCCUAUCCUAGGUCUGGCCACUUUCCCUGGACAGUCUCUUCCCAAGAAUACUCGCAUCCUCUUCCACCUACUCCUUCAGUAACUCAGUCUCUUCCAGGACUUGCUGUCAGAGAUUGGAUCGAUGCGUCCCAGCAGCAUGGCCGCCAGGAUUUCUAUAGAGUCUACGGCCAACCUGCAACUAAACAUUAUGUUACAAGUUAACCGCAGAGCGAGAUAGCCUUGUUAAAUAUGCAUUCAACGAACAACGCUCCAAAUGGAGACACGUUAACCUGUUUAGUGACGAGAGCACUCCUCCGGCACUAAAUGUGGGUAAUGUAGAAACUGUUUAUUUUUCUGCUUCCUUAAUUCCAAUAAUUUCAGAGGCUGACGUAUGAUCUGAUUCCUUUCCUCUCCCCUUCAUCUUUCAAAUGAGUCUUUUAUUUUUUCCUUUCUCUCAAUGCUUUGUAGUUUAUGCUGAUGUCUUAUCAUUUGAUGCAAAACUGCCCUUGAUGUUUUUUUUCUGUGUGUAUCUUUAUAUUCCUCUUUUUUUUUCGAUUUACUUUUAUUGCUUUAGGAAUAAACAAAACUGUCAUAUUAGAUAGAACACAUUUUAAGUUAAAAGGCCAAUUAUCAU